AGGCUGUGUGCUGGGGCCUCUUAAAGGAAGCCGGGAGGAUAUGGUACGUAGGCUUUUGUGAGAAGAGCGGUCACUGUUCUGUUGUGAAAUGACAGGGCUCGCUGCAGAGAAACCACACGGAGCAGAGGAAAUUGGUGACCAACAGUCUCGAAGGAGUCUCUUUACUGUCACUCACUGUCAGAAAUUUGCUUCCUCUGUCAUCUUGGGGUGUCAAGAGCAGGGAGGGCAACAUGAAAUAUUCCAGCUAUUAACAACGACCGGUGCAGCUGAUUCUCUCUUCUGGAACCAGAUCAUGAGGCUCUCCUUGUGCCUGCUGCUUUUCUCUAUGGUACAUGGUGGAGGUUGCAAAGAAAUGGAAGUGGCCGCAAUUGCUGGGGAAUCCGUCCAGUUACAGCCAGUGAAAUUGCUGGAGCCUUGGGCAGGAAUCACCUGGAAGUUCACGCUAGACUCAGCAGAGACGUAUCGGAUUGUAACAUUUAAUAAAAAGGACCUUGACCUUGGGUCAUCCCUACAUUUUCACAACACAGUCACUUUCCACCCUGAGAACCUCUCACUGCAGAUCGAUCCCAUUAAGAAGUCAAACAGUGGCCUCUAUACCUUGGAAGUUGACCCUGGAGGAGGCCGAGUUAACAUCACAAAGUUCCAUGUCUCUGUUUUUGACCGAGUCCGGCAGCCAAACCUCAUGGUGCUCUCUGCCCACCAGGAGCUCGGCCAGUGCAACGUUACCCUGUCCUGCUCGGUGCCUGGUGCUGACAGAGUCACCUACAGCUGGUCCCAAGGCACGUCCCGGAUCCCAUCUGACAGGGACCAUCAACUCGUUGGGCACCAAUCCCUGCUGCACAUAGUGAUUAAUGCAGACAGCAAUGACUCCUUCUACCGAUGUAAUGCUAGUAACCGAGCCAGCUGGGACACAGACACUGUAGAUGUCAAACCAUGGUGCAACACAGACUUUUUUCAGAAAGUCCCACUGUGGGCAAUUGUUGCUGCAGGGCUGGGACUACUGCUUCUGCUCAUGGCGCUCACCCUCAUCUUCCUCUGCAAGCGUCGGAAGAAGCGAAGCUCCUGCAAAGACAGUGACCCACCCCUCACCAUCUAUGAGGAAGUGGAGGACUCCCGCCCCAGAAGAAACGCUAAUGGAAAUGCUCAGAGCAGAAUUGUAGGAAACACCAUCUAUGCUGAGAUCAACUGCAACCCGCAAGCAGCAGACUUCACGGUGUAUGCUGCUGUCCAGAGGCCUCCUUCUGUCAAGAGGAAGAAAAUCAACCCAUCCUUCAUCUCUACCAUCUACAUGGAGGUUCAAGAAGCCCCUUCCAGACCCAGGCGUCUUCAAAUGCCGCGCUCAUCUUCACCUAAUCCUGGGCAUCUGUAUUCCUAGCUUCGAAAGCCCCUCGCUGCAGGACACCAUCUUCCUUUCCUUAAAGGCCUUUUCCCCUUGGAGUGAGCUCCUUGCUGAUGGACAGACCUCCACCUGUGCAGAUAAGCACAGCUUUGAUCUGAGCUGCUUGGAUGCACAAGACUUGGGGGGUUUCCUCCUUGUGCUCAGAGUGGAAAUAUCACAAUCACAGCGUCUUCACUCGGAUCAUGCAGUCCCAAGCCAAACCGUGAAGGCUCAUUGAAAACAAAUACACAGAGGGAGCAGAAAACAGAUACCCUGAACUUUUCUUUCAUUGGGAAAGGUUGUUUGAGAAGGUUUGAUGUGGAAAGAUGCUUGGUUUGGGAGUAUUUUAUUUUAUUUUAUUUUAUUUUGUUAAUUUCAACUGGUUCAACACUCCUGUGCAGUUUGCAUGCAGAGGUGUGUAGAGAUUUAACUGCAUAAGCAAUGGGUAUUAUUGGUUAAUUAGCUUAAUAACUUAUUUAUAGCUUUAAAAUAUAGCUAAGCAGGACAGAUGUAGGGUAUAACUCACUCUAAUGCUCGUGUAAAUCAGGAGUAACUCCACUGAAGUCAACUGGACCAGAUACUCUGUUGGUGUAAAUCAACUGAGCUCCAAGUUACAGCUGUGUAAAGCCAGGGUAAGUGAGAGGAAAUUCAGCCCCUACUCUUCAGGGAGGUAUCUAAGGGGCAAGGAAUGGCACUGGAAUUUGAUGUUCUAAGUUUUGGUGACUGAGUUGUAUAAGAGCCCAGACCCAUGUCUCGCGUCAUCCUGAGGAAGAUGAUGACUUAUUACCAAUUGUUUUAUUUUAUACAAGGGGAACCCAGUGUCUUGUUAGUGAGCAAGAGUCAAACUGACUAGAAACAAAGGUGAAACUGAACAGCCAGGUUUGUCCUGGCUUAGAGAAAUGCAAACCAGUAAAACAGAGAGAAUCAAGAGGAAGUUUUGAACCUUCCAGUGACUUCCCACACUUGUGGGGGGAGUGGCUUUGGUGGGCUGCUCUUAAUGAUCUGAAUCCUGGGUCAGGAUAGUCCCCUCAGUUGCACCCUAUGAAGCAUGAAUUGGAAUCACUAACAGGAAACUGUAUUGAGAGCUGUGAGCUAGGACUUUCCAUGCCCGCUGCCGGUACAAGAAGAAAGUUCAGCAGGGCUGGGGAAUUUUGUGUGUAUGUGUAUGUGUGUGUGUGUGAGAGAGAGAGAAUUGGUAUAACCUGGCACAGUUCUAUUGAAGUUAAUGGAGCUAUGCUGAUUUAGGCCAGAUCUUUAGCUUGUAUAAUGUAUUUAAAGAGAUGUAGCUGUGGGAGGAAUACCUCUUGUAUUGUAGGUGAGGCCAAAUGCCCAGGAAAAAUAAAUACUACUUUCUGA